AGAUCAUCUAGUAGAAUAUCGCAUCACUCUCGACAAAGUAAUAUCGCACAGCCUCAUCUCGUCAAGCGAUCCAAGUGCCCAGCAACGAUAUGAGCCUCAGUCCGUGGCAACAGCACGAUGAUGCCUUUCAGGCAGUCAUUGGGCCUGGACCGGAACUUCGAGCUCUGCUAGAAGUCAGCGAGUACCCUUUCGCUCACGAGGCUGGCGUUUUUAUCGCAGAAACCGACGAGCUUUUCAUCACUAGCAAUCAGUUGAUCGAUUCUUCAGGGACGAGAAAAGUACAAAUCAACAAAUGCCAGCUCAACAGGCAGACCGGGUGUCUAAGUCGCGAGGAGAUCCCUAAUGAGAUGAUUCAUAUGGGAAAUGGAGGCGUGAAUUACGAGGACGGGAUCCUAUUCUGUGCGCAAGGCUCAAUGACAGAACCAAGCGGCCUUUUCAAGAUGGAAAGGAAGGCACCGUACACGACGACACCGGUUGUGACAAGUUUUCUAGGCCGACCAUUUAACUCCGUCAACGAUGUAGUCGUGCACUCCGACGGCAGCAUCUGGUUCACAGACCCUAUCUAUGGCUUCGAGCAAGGAUACCGUCCUCGCCCGUCUUUACCAAAUCAGCUGUAUAGAUACGACCCAGCAACUCGUGGGAUUCGAGCUAUGGCAGAUGGCUUCAGUCGCCCCAACGGCCUGUGCUUUUCCCCUGACGAAAAGACACUCUACGUAACAGACACCGACCGAGUUCACGGAGACGGGUCCUUCGACAGUCAUAGGGUAUCUUCUAUAUAUGCUAUGGAUGUAGUAUUCUACCACGGCCAACCUAGUUUAGUCAAUCGUCGACUAUUUGCCAUGGCCGAUGCUGGUAUUCCGGAUGGAAUCAAAUGCGACAUGGAGGGGAAUGUCUAUAGCGGAUGUGGAGAUGGUGUAAAUGUGUGGUCUCCGGGUGGUGUGCUCUUAGGCAAGGUCCUUGUCAAGGGCGGGUGCGCAAACUUCUGUUUUGGGCGUGGUGGGGAGCUGUUCAUUCUCAAUGAAAAGAGGCUAUGGCACGCUCAGUUGGCACCCACUGUCAAAAGUGCAUUAUUACGGAUCUGAAUUUCGAUACAAUAUAAUGAAUGGAAUGCUAUCAUAACCGAGUGAUAGAUUCAAACACGUUCUAGGUAUAAUUAUCAAGGCC